AGCUGUUUGGAGUGUCGGCCGGAGGUGUGGGCGUUAGGAAAUCGUGUGUAUCCAGGUUUUUGCUUAGCUUCUCAAAUCUUGUUUAAAGCGGCGAUUAUUCAUGCUCCAAGUACACUGUCUAAAGUCAGGCAGGUAGGGGUGCUGAGUACUCAGAUAUUUCAGAGCUGGGGGGGAGAGGCGGUGAAAAAUAUUUUCUGUAGCUUUUCCCCCCCACACCCCACCGCUUGCAGCUUUGAAGCGCGUUAUAUAGUCACAAAACACCCAGCAUUAAUACCUUACUUGCCGACAGCGCACGGGACCGUUUCAAUAAUAUUUCUGAAGUAUUUAUUUCCAGAAGCAGCGAGGAAAAAGUGAAGCGGUGCAAGCUGUGCUGCUGAACCAGUGUAUAUCGUCGUUUAAAAACGAUCCGGAAAUUAGUCACUAAAAGACUUUUUUGUUUGUUUUUGUUUGGAGUCCGAUGUUUUUUAUGUUCAUUUUGCUGUAUACAAAGCCAAAAUACGGGCUGCUUGGUUCAAGACCGGACAUCUAGCCAACCUACAGACUUUGAGCUUCAGAGUCAUGACUACAGAGCAGUCAGGAAAUGCGAAAGCGGAGCCGGCUCUCCCCUCAUCUGCCAAUCAGAGCAAGGCAGUGUCUGAAAAACCAAACUACGCUCUGAAAUUCACUCUGGAGGGACAUACGGAAGCAGUAUCAUCAGUUAAGUUUAGUCCUAAUGGAGAAUGGCUAGCAAGUUCUUCUGCUGAUAAAGUAAUUAUAAUUUGGGGAGCCUAUGAUGGAAAAUAUGAGAAAACGCUUAAAGGACACAAUCUUGAAAUAUCAGAUGUUGCCUGGUCAUCAGAUUCCAGUCGUCUUGUUUCUGCCUCAGAUGAUAAAACUCUAAAACUUUGGGAUGUGAGAUCUGGAAAAUGUUUGAAAACACUUAAAGGGCACAGUAAUUACGUUUUUUGCUGUAAUUUCAACCCACCGUCCAACCUCAUCAUUUCAGGAUCUUUUGAUGAAAGCGUGAAAAUAUGGGAGGUGAAAACAGGCAAGUGCCUUAAGACUUUGUCUGCUCAUUCUGACCCAGUUUCUGCUGUUCAUUUUAAUUGUAGUGGGUCCUUGAUAGUAUCAGGCAGCUAUGAUGGUGUCUGUCGAAUCUGGGAUGCUGCAUCAGGUCAGUGUUUAAAAGCACUUGUUGAUGAUGAUAACCCUCCUGUCUCUUUUGUAAAAUUUUCUCCAAACGGUAAAUAUAUUCUCAUUGCAACUUUGGACAAUACUCUUAAACUAUGGGAUUACAGCAGAGGCAGAUGCCUGAAGACAUAUACUGGUCAUAAGAAUGAGAAAUACUGCGUAUUUGCCAGUUUUUCAGUUACUGGUGGAAAAUGGAUUGUCUCUGGUUCAGAGGAUAACCUGGUAUACAUUUGGAACCUUCAAACUAAAGAGAUUGUACAGAAAUUACAAGGUCAUACAGAUGUGGUAAUCUCAGCAGCUUGUCAUCCUACAGAAAACAUCAUUGCGUCAGCAGCAUUAGGAAAUGACAAAACAGUUAAAUUGUGGAUGAGUACUUACUAAACCCUUUAGAAAUCAAGUAGUAGAGUCAAACUGGCCAAAAAAAGAUUAGGUAUUUUAAAAGAUGGUGUUCUCUCAAUUUUGGCAUGUAUUUUGUUUUGUUUUUUAACAUUGUCUUGCAUUAUAAGAAUUUAAGAACUUUUUCGAGAUCCAACCAGUCCAUCCUAAAGGAGAUCAGUCCUGGGUGUUUUGGAAGGACUGAUGCUAAAGCUGAAAGUCCAAUACUUUGGCCACCUCAUGCAAAGAGUUAACUCAUUGGGAAAGAUUCUGAUGCUGGGAGGGAUUGGGGGCAGGAGGAGAAGGGGAGGACAGAGGAUGAGAUGGCUGGACGGCAUCACCAACUCGAUGGACAUGAGUUUGGGUGAACUCUGGGAGUUGGUGGUGGACAGGGAGGCCUGGUGUGCUGCAAUUCAUGGGGUCGCAAAGAGUCGGAUACGACUGAGCGACUGAACUGAACUGAACUGAACCAAGCCUCAGUUUGCAAAGUAAGACAGUUGGAAAUGCAAGUUUACAUCCCAGGGUUUCUGACUGGAAUCUUGAUGUCUGAUUAAUCUCUUGUGUCUGUCCUUGAACAGAUUCUCAUUUUCCUUUCAGUGACUAUUCUAGAGGGUCAUUGUAUUUGAUAAAAUUUAGAAGUAAAGCUCACAAAACAGGAUGACUGAUUAAAUGAGAGGAACAAGGGAGUUUGGAAUAACUCCACAGUAUUUGGUGUGGGAGAUCAGAAGAGAAUAAACCUGGGAUGGUGGUGGACUGGAGAUUUGUCAGACGCUACUCCCACAGUUUAAGUGACAGCCUACAUGAUGGGAUGUGAAAUGGUCUGUGGAAUCAAGUUUGUAAUUUGGGAAAAAAACAAGUAAUGGCUGUAUCUGUUCUGAAUCUUUUUACCAAGAUAAAAAGUAAAACCAAAUCAAAUUAAGGCAUUUUACUGUGAGAGGCAUUUACCUCACUACCAUGUCAGACAGCCCUCUCCUGAUUCUCAGGGCAAGCUCAACGUCUGAGUAGUAAAGCCUCUUAUUAUGCCUGAACUGCCCACUCUGCCCAUGCUACAAACUCAGUUCAGAAAUCACCGCUUUGUGGAACCAUCACUGCCUGCCUGUGCUGUAGUGGUUUCACAGGCCAUGCGUCCAGUAAAUUAUGAGCUCUGUAGACUCUGUAUGUUUUAUUCAUCUUUGUAUUCUCAGUUUUUGUACAUAAAAGGGACUCAAGUAAUGUUUGAUUAAUGAAAUGAAUUAUACCACCAUCACAACUUCACUUGUUGCCUGAUUUCAAUAAAUUUUGGAGUCAAUUCCCCAUACCAUUAUUUUUAUUAAAACUUAAAAGUACCUAGCCAUAGCCUCACAUGUUAAUUCAAACAGGGUUUAUAGGAAAUAUAAAUUGGAAAACAUUUUCUGUCCCUUUUACCUGUAGAAACAUGAUAAACAUGGAAAAAUAAUUCCGAAAUUAAGCAAAAAAUAGUAAUAUCACUUAAUUGAAAGUGGAUACUAUAGAAUACAAAAGACAGUUUUGUCCUUGUUGCUUAUAAUCGUGCUCAUGAAGUCUGAUUUGCUUGAGAAGUUGUAAGCAAUAUAAGAUACUAUAAUUACUAGUAGGGUGUGUGACAGCUCAAGUUAAUACGUGAGGCUACUGGGAGAAGUGGGAUCAGAUGGGGGAAGGUCUUAAAUUCUGGUCAUAAAAUUUAUAUUCAACCCCAAAAGAGGCAGUCACUAUUAUAAGUUACUAAAGAGGACAGCUGACACAAAAUGAUGAUAUAAAUUCUUGCUGCAUGGUAGGGUUUUUGAGCUUUGACUUAAACAUUUUACAACAAUAGAUCUUUAAGAAUACAACACUUUAAAAAAUUUUUAAAUGCUUCUUUGUAAGUUAAAAUGGUAUUAUGAAGAAAAAUGACUUACUUAAAAAAAAAACAUUAGAUUUACCCAUAUUUAAAAUCUACAUUUAGACAAUAUGUAAGUAUUCCAAAAUAUUCAUCAAGGAAGACUAAUCUGCUAAAAUGUAUAUAAAGUAAUGCUUUUUGAUGAUUAAAUUUUCAAGUGAUAAAAAUCAAAGAGCUUGGUAUCUAAAAGCUAAGGUCAAAGUACUCUAGAUAGAUAGAUACAGUUAUCAGAUGGAUUAUGAAGCUGUAGAGUAGUACAUUAGGUUUUACUAUUUUAUUAAACUAAGUUCCCAAACAGCUGCAUAUAUUAUUUAUUCUGAUAGAACCCUCUGAAUGUUUAUAAGGACUUGCCAUCCUUUAAAACUUAUGAAGCAUGUGAGAAUAAAUGAAAUACUUAAAUAGAAACCAGCAUCCAUAGCUAAAUAUGAGACAACUUGGCAUCCCUGUCAGAUUAAAGAUAUAUAUGAGGUACAAAUGCUUAUUUUUCAACAAUAAUAAAAUGCAUUUGAUAGCUUUUGAUAAUUGAGAAAUUUAGUGUAAAAGCAGAAGGAAAGGACCAGUUCGGAAUUCUAAGCUACAGCACAGAAGAGGCAACUGUGCUGGCCCCAAGUAACUCCAUGGUGCUGGGAUUUCAAAAUCCUCAGAAACUUGUGGCCAGAAUGUCGUCAUCACCUUGCCAGGACUUUUUCAAAGACUGUUCUAAAAACCUCUGUUUACCAGCACACCUGACAAAGGCAGAGUGUGGUCUGGCUGCUUCCCGGAGCUCUUGAGAAGCACCAGGGCAUUCGGGGAGGUUAGCUCUUCAACGUGCCCCCGGGCAGUGUGCUCAACUGCCCCUCCUUACCCCUCCAGAAAUGAGGACACACAAACCAUUUGGCUUCUGGGGAGAUGUCACUUUGGUAAUGGGAAUUAAAGAAGGAAAUGGGACCUGACUAUAAAGAAGAGUUAAUAAUAAAGUUCAAAUAAGUCA